CGAAUUUUUUCGCGUGCUGGAGUUUUCUGCGCGAUAAGUAUCUGCAUGGAAAGAAUUUUGGCUCAGUCUGAAGUAGACGUUUUUCGGGCUGUGGAGAUUGUCAAGCAGAAUCGACCCCAGCUUUUGAAUUUUACAAUUUGUCUGAUUUUUUUCCAAAAUUCUAAAUUUCGAUUUUUUCCCUUAUCACCUCAAAUUUUGUUAAAUGGCGCGCUAAAUUGGCUUUGCAUUUUGGGUGACCUUGACUCGUCACGCCAUCAUGCCGAAAAAUUAGGGAAAGUGCCUCAAUCUAGAUCUUGUUACCUAUUUUUAAAUCAGAAUAAAAUGUGUGAUUAUAUACUAUCAUUAUUAUUGAAAGGUUUCUCAUAG